UUUGGUACGUACACGUGUUGGAACAGGCAUCGAUUCAACUGGUUAACACCAGCUAGCUAYUAUUGGGUAGCCGAAUCACUGUUUUCUUCGGAACUCAAGCUAGUUAACACGAACGGAACCAUGCUGACAGAUUUGGACCUGGUCGGGACAAUUCAGGACCAUGAUGAUGUGCCCGAGGAGCCUGAUUCAGAGUCUGACGACGAAGAUGAACAGCCAAUAGUACUCAACAAGAAGAAGAAAGCGUUGAAGGGCCAUGGCGCUGGGGACUUCAGCGCUGACUUUGAGUUUGGAGAGAGGGAUGGACUCUACAGCGAGGACUGGGCUAUGGCAGAUGUGAUGGCACAGCUGAAGAAGAGGAAAACGCCCACCACCUUGGAUGAAAAGAUUGAGAAAGUACGCAAGAAGCGCAAAACAGAGGAGAAGGCAAAGACGACAGACAAACCAGAGAUUCCCUCAGAGGARGCUGAAGAGGAAGAUGACYAUGAUGAUGAGGAGGAGGAGGAGGAGGAAGAAGAUGAGAAACCUGAUAUCGCUGAAGAUGGGGCUGAGGUAUCCAAUGACGAAGACCAUAGUGAUGAUGAUGGGGAGGAGUUUACAUCAGGGGAUGAAGAAGUUCUCACCAAAGCAGAUACGGUGAGGGACAAAGGCAGAAAGAAGACAAAGGCAGAAGAGCCUCCAGAGGCUUUCUUUGAAGACGCCUCAAACUAUGACGACAAACUCAUGUUUCCCGACAUGAACCUCUCCAGGCCUAUUCUUAAGGCUAUCACUGCUAUGGGCUUCAAGCAGCCCACUCCCAUCCAGAAGGCCUGUGUACCUGUGGGGCUUCUGGGCAAAGACAUCUGUGCCUGCGCUGCUACCGGCACCGGUAAGACGGCAGCGUUCAUGCUUCCUGUGCUGGAGCGUCUCAUCUACAAGCCCAAACAGGCCGCAGUGACCCGUGUGCUAGUCCUGGUGCCCACGCGUGAGCUGGGCAUCCAGGUGCACGUCGUGGCCCGCCAGCUGGCCCAGUUCACAAGCAUCACCACCUGCCUGGCUGUGGGGGGUCUGGACAUCAAAUCCCAGGAGGUGGCAUUGCGGAUGGGCCCUGACAUCCUGAUCGCCACGCCAGGACGACUGAUUGACCACCUGCACAACACGCCCUCUUUUGAGCUCAGCCAGAUUGAGAUCCUCAUCCUGGACGAGGCUGACCGGAUGCUGGACGAGUACUUUGAGGAGCAGAUGAAGGAGAUCAUCAGGAUGUGUGCCUACCAGAGACAGACCAUGCUCUUCUCUGCCACCAUGAGCGAAGAGGUGAAAGACUUGGCGUCGGUCUCUCUGAAGCAGCCGGUUCGUAUCUUUGUGAACAGUAACACAGACGUGGCGCCCUACCUCAGACAGGAGUUUGUCAGGGUCCGACCAGCCAGGGAAGGAGACAGGGAGGCUAUUGUGGCCGCUCUGCUGACACGGACCUUCCAGGACCACGUGAUGCUGUUCACCCAGACCAAGAAGCAAGCCCACCGGAUGCACAUCCUCCUGGGCCUGAUGGGGCUGAAGGUGGGAGAGCUGCACGGGAACCUGUCCCAGACCCAGAGACUGGAGAGCCUCAGGCGGUUCAAAGAUGAACAGAUUGACAUCCUUGUGGCCACAGACGUUGCGGCUAGAGGCCUGGAUAUCGAUGGAGUCAAGACGGUGAUUAACUUCACCAUGCCCAACACAGUGAAGCACUACGUCCACAGGGUGGGCCGCACGGCUCGUGCCGGCAAGGUCGGUCGCUCUGUGUCCCUGGUGGGCGAGACUGAGAGGAAGAUGCUAAAGGACAUCGUCAGGAAGGCCAAGACCCCCGUAAAGGCCCGCGUCCUGCCACAAGAGGUGAUUCUGAAGUUCAGAGACCUGAUUGAGAAGCUGGAGAAGGAUGUGUACGCCGUGAUGCGUCUGGAGAGAGAGGAGAGGGUCAUGUCUCACUCAGAGGCUCAGGUAAAAAGCUGCAUAUUGUGUGUGUAUGUGUGGGUACUAGUGUAUUCCUAUGCUCGUGUGUAUGUGUGGGUACUAGUGUAUUCCUAUGCUCAUGUUGCGCAUUGCACGUUGUCAUUCAGAAUCAAAGCACGAGACGAAUCCCCAGAGGACGUGGGUUCCAAACGCACGUACCCCACGAGCGCAAAAAAAGACCGCAUGUCCAAAGCGCUGGCUGACUUUGACUUGGCCCUGAGAGGAAAGAAGAAGAGAGAGAAGUUCAUCAAGGAGGGGAAAAAGAAAGAGUUAUCGUCUGAGGAUAGAGCAGAGUUUGAGAUCCUCAAGUCCCAGAUGUACGCUGAGCGAGCAGCCAAGAGGGACCGGAAACCCAAACGAGCCAGGGCCAUGCCAGAGGACGAGCCUGUCCAGAAAGGUGCGAAACAGAAAGCUGAUAAACCAGCCAAGAAGUCUGUAUUUGACAAAGAACUUACAAACACCAGUAAGAAAGCACUCAAGCAGUACAGAGCUGGACCCUCCUUUGAGGAUAAGAAGAGGCUUGGAAUUCCAACGAACAAGAAAGGAGGCGGCGGCUUCAAGUCCAAGGCCAAGUUUAGGAGAAAGUAAGAGCUGCCUUGAUGGGAAAAUGACAAGAUAUGCAAUUUGGAUGGAUGGAUUCACCUCCAGUGUGUCUUUGUUUUAAGUGUCUGUCUUCCUAAAUCAGUGCUUUCCCACUUUUCAGUGGGGGCAUAAUGGACAUAGACUGGAAAGGUUUUGGCUGAAAUCAUUUCAUUAGCCUCAGAUUGCACUAUGRGCCCUCUCUUAGUUUUUAUAUGUCAGACAUACACACACGCAAACAAACAUACAGGUUGCAGUGUGUAACCAUACCGUGGUUUUAUGUAACCUGUUGUAGCUUCACUUAAAAAUAUGUAAUGCUGAGAAACAUAUGUUCUUUUGAAGGUAAUAAAAGUUCAAUAUGUAUUAUUCUGA